UGUACCUGGAGUUUCAAGCGAUACGAACACCUUAAGCGUCAUAUGCUCAUUCACACUGGAAAGCGACCUCAUGUAUGCCAUUUCCCUGGAUGUGGUAAAAGUUUCAGUCGAUCUGAUAACUUUCAUGCUCACUACCGUACUCACACCAAGAAAUUACAGCAACAG